AUGAUCCCCAAGGAGCAGAAGGGGCCGGCAACGGCAGCCAUGGGAGACUUCGCUGGACCCGGACCUUCGCUGGACCUGGGCAAGAAGCUGAGCGUGCCCCAGGACCUGAUGAUGGAGGAGCUUUCAUUGCGUAACAACCGAGGGUCCCUCCUCUUCCAGAAGAGGCAGCGCCGUGUGCAGAGGUUCACCUUUGAGUUGGCAGCCAGCCAGCGGGCGGUGAGUGAGCCUCCACUGCACUCUAGUUCCUUCGAGUCCUCUGCUGUCUCCAGUCUGUGGGUCUUUAGUGCCAAGGUAAGUGUCCUACUGUUCCUUUCCCACUUGCCCACACGGUCCACCUCUCUUGUGCUCUCUUUCUCCAGGACCCCAGUGCCAUUUGGAGGUCCUCUUGUGGGGGACUCCCUUCCCCGGGCAGGAACCCCCUUCAUCCCAGAGCCCCUCAGUGGCCUGGAACUCCUCCGCCUCAGACCCAGCUUCAACCGAGUGGCCCAGGGCUGGGUCCGUCACCUCCCAGAGUCCGAGGAGCUGUAG